GGCCCCCAGCCGGCUCUCCCUGGGGCUGGGCGGAGGCCCGGCGGCUUUGGCUAAGUUGGCGGUGGAGCAGGCGCUAGGAACCGCACGCCAGUCCAGACGCGGCCAGUGCGGGGAAGGCGCCUAUUGGCCGGCCGGCGCCACGUGGCCGCUGCCGCCCGUAUAUUAGGCCACUAUUUACCUCCAGCGCGCUGCCCAUGGCUCGGCGGCGAGGGCAUCAGGGGUAGCGGCCAGCCAGGCGGAGCUCCGUGGACGGACGGGGAGGUCCUGCGGACGGCGGGACGGAGCUAUGAGCUCCUACUUGGAGUUCGUGUCCUGCAGCGGCGGCGGCGGGAUGGGUGGCGAGGUGCUGGGCUUCCCACCCAAGUUCUGCCGCGCCGACGCCCGGCCGGUGGCCCUGCAGCCCGCCUUCCCCCUCGGCAGCGGCGACGGCGCCUUCGUAAGUUGCCUGCCCCUGGCCGCCGCCCGGCCCGCGCCGUCGCCUCCGGCCGCGCCCGCACAGCCGCCCGCUGGUCCGCCCGCGGCGUCCCGCUACGCGCCCUGCACCCUGGAGGGCGCCUAUGAGCGGGCCGCCGCACCUGCCGCCGACUACGGCUUCUUGGGGCCGGCGUUCGACUUCCCGGGCGCGCUCGGGCGAGCGGCGGGCGACAGCGGGGACAGCGGGACGCACGUCCACUACGCCACCUCGGCCGUGUUCUCGGGCGGCGGCUCAUUCUUGCUCAGCGGCCAGGUGGACUGUGCCGCCUUCGGCGAGCCGGGCCCCUUCCCGGCCCGGCUCAGGGAGCCUGCGGACGGCCACCCGGGGGCCUUCCAGACUUCGUCCCCGGCCCCCGGCGCCUACGCCAAGCCCGCCUCUCCCACCGCGGGCCUCCCCGCCGCCUUCAGCACUUUCGAGUGGAUGAAAGUGAAGAGGAACGCCCAGAAGAAAAACAAACUCUCGGAAUAUGGAGCCUCUAGCCCCUCCAGUGCGAUUCGCACGAAUUUCAGCACCAAGCAACUGACAGAACUGGAGAAGGAGUUUCAUUUCAAUAAGUACUUAACUCGAGCUCGACGCAUUGAGAUAGCCAACUGCUUGCAGCUGAAUGACACCCAAGUCAAAAUCUGGUUCCAGAACCGCAGGAUGAAACAAAAGAAAAGGGAACGAGAGGGGCUUCUGGCUUCAGCCCCCUCUGUGGCCUCGAGGCAGAUUUCCCUGUCAGAAACAAGCCCAGCCAAGGCUGGCAGGAGCCCGGGAAGCCCCUCUCAGGCCCAAGAGCCUUCCUGAGGUUCACUCUUGAAGCUGAUGACCUUUGGUCUACAGAUGUCACAGGCUUCCCCCACCCCUAUAUAGACUUAGGAGCUCAGUUUGGGGUGGAGGUGGGUGUGAGCAGAAACUAGGGGUUUAACUUGGCAAAAGAAUUGUCUCAAGUUGGCUUUGGAGUUCCAGAGGCUGUGUAUGGAGAUACUAAUUUGUAUCUCUUAUUUGCAUAUUAUUUUUGCCUUAUCAGGGAGGUGUCCAGCUGCCAGCCCAACUGUACUUGCUGUGUGGCCUGACUUAGUCAUAUACAAUUCUUGGGUGCAGAGUGGAAGAUCUUUUAGUUGUUGAGUUCUGUCAACCCUCUGAUGUGGUUAGAAAAGAACCUCACUAAAGUUAUUUUGGUUUUAAUUUCAAGGACAGGCUAUGCAUAUUCAGCUCAUGACCAAAGGUAGUUAGGUUUUCCCCGAUGUAGCUAAGCAGCUUCAAUGAUGAUGUUCACAUUUGCACUCUGGUUUUGUUUUGUUUUAAAGAAGUUCUACCUCUUCGUGUGCCUGAGUGAAGACACAAUCGCUGUUUAGUUAGUAGCUGAACAAAUCCACAGGGUGGGUAAAGAUUAGAACCUGAACUAUACCUUGACAUCAGUUACCCAGACUUGAAUGUAAAUAUAUACAGUAUGUAUAUUUUUGAAAGAUUUGCUUGCAGUGAGCUUAUA